AUGAAAUCCAACGUUAUUAGAGGGCGUAAAGGUCCUGCUAAGUAUGGAAGAAAUUCUGUUCAAUUUGUUGCAUGCAUUAAUGAAAUUGUUCAAGUGAUGAUUGACUUAUAUGAAAAAGGUGAAGAAAUUAAUUUAAAUAAAUUAAAGUCUCAAAUGGCUCAAAAACAUAAUUUACAUACAGCACCUAAACAAGUUGAUAUUAUCGCCGCUAUUCCUGAUUCUCAUCGUCCAUUUCUUCUUCCUAUUGUUAAAUCAAAACCAGUUCGUACUGCUUCAGGUAUUGUUGCUAUUGCUGUAAUGUGUAAACCACAUCGUUGUCCAAACAUUAGAACUAACGGUGAUUCAUGUGUUUAUUGUCCCGGUGGUUGUGAUUCUGAUUUUGAAUAUUCUACACAAUCUUAUACUGGUUAUGAACCAACUUCUAUGCGUGCUGUUCGUGCAAGAUAUAAUCCAUAUAUUCAGUCAAGAUCAAGAGUAGAGCAACUUCAAAAACUUGGUCAUAGUGUUGAAAAAGUUGAGUAUAUUAUUAUGGGAGGUACAUUCCUUUCUAUGGAUAAACAUUAUAGAGACUCUUUUAUUCUUGGGUUAUUUGAUGCAUUAUCAGGACAUGUCUCAUCUACUGUUGAAGAGGCAGUACAUUAUGGAGAAAAUUCUAAAGUAAAAUGUGUUGCUUUAACUAUUGAAACACGGCCUGAUUGUUGUUCAGAGGAUCAUAUAAGAGAAAUGUUUAGAUAUGGAACAACUCGUUUAGAAAUUGGAUUACAAUCAAUUUUUGAAGAUAUUUGUAAAGAAUGUAAUAGAGGACAUACUGUUCGAGAUUGUAUUGGAUGUUAUAAGAGAUUAAAAGAUGCAGGAUAUAAGAUUGUUACUCAUAUGAUGCCAAAUCUUCCAGGUGUACCACCUGAAAGAGAUGUUUUUACAUAUAGUGAAAUGUUUAGUGAUGGGGCAUAUCAAUGUGAUGGAUUAAAGUUAUAUCCAUGUCUUGUUAUUCGUGGAACUCGUUUAUAUGAAAUGUGGAGAAAAGGACAUUAUCAUUCAUAUACAUCUGAAGAAACUAUUGAUGUCCUUUCACGUAUUCUUGCAUUAAUUCCACCUUGGGUAAGAGUGCAUCGUAUUCAAAGAGAUAUUCCAAUUCCAUUAGUUUCUGCUGGUGCUGAUAAAGGUAAUUUAAGAGAAUACGUUCAACGUCAAAUGGAUGCUAAUAAUUGGCCAUGUAGAGAUACUAGAACUAGAGAAGUUGGUAUUGCUGCUCUACAAGGUAAACCAGGAAAGAAAAUUAAAUGUGUAAAAGAUAUUGAAUUGAUAAGAAGAGAUUAUGUUGGUUCUGAUGGAUGGGAAACAUUCUUAUCAUAUGAAGACCCAGAAAAUGAUUUAUUAAUUGGAUUGUUAAGACUUAGACUUCCAACUGAUGAAAAGUUUAUGCCAGAACUUAAAGGAAAAACAUCAAUCAUAAGAGAAUUACAUGUUUAUGGUACUUCUAUUCCAGUUAAUACUAAGAAUUUAAAUCAGUUCCAACAUAUGGGUUAUGGUGCUUUACUUAUUCAAGAAGCUGAAAGAAUUGCUAGAGAAGAGCAUGGAAGUGAUAAAAUUGUUAUUAUUUCUGGUGUUGGAGUACGGCACUAUUAUAGAAAAUUUGGUUAUACUUUAGAUGGUCCAUACAUGGCCAAAUCAUUAAAUGAAGAUCAUCCACAAUUACAAGAUAUCAGAAGAUUUAAUGAUUAUGAAAAUUAA